AUGCCUUUGAAUCAACUUACAAAAUUGACAUUAAAAAUCGAUGAAUUAGUUAAUAAUGAUGAUCCAUAUUUAAAAGGUAAUGAAAUCAAAUGCUUAUUUGAUCAAUAUUUACCAAAACUUCGACAUUUUAAUUGUUCAAUUCAAACAAAAAGUCAUCUCGAUAUCAAAUCCUUCGAAUUAUUAAAUCAACAAUGGCCAAUGAAAUUUCGUUUAGAAUCAACAAAUUCUUUCGCACAUUUUUACACUGUUCCUUGGUCAUUUGAAAGUCUUUAUCUAUCAAUGUUAUCGAUCGAUGAUCAACAUAUCAUUCAUGCAAAUAUUCGAUCUUUAAUUAUUCAUAAUUCAUUUGUAUUUCGUUCAUCUCGUUUUCCAAAUGUUCACACACUUUAUAUAAACAUUUUUUCUCAUCUUUCUUUGGACAAUUUUCAAGGAUUUACUCGACUUCGAACUUUAACUGUGAAUCACAUCAAUCUCGUUCCAAAUUAUGUUAUUCAACGUCUUCAUACUUUAAUUUUAUUUCAAAUAGAAGAUUUAUUAAACGAUGAAACAUAUUUUCAUAAUUUGGAUUAUCUUGUCAACGAAAAAUCUUUUUCAAAUUUAUUAUUUCUUCGAAUCAAUUGA